ACCCAGCAUAUUUUGCUGCCUGGAUCUUGAAAAACAGAAAACACGUUGACAAUAAGAGCUGACUCUGUGUUGAACUUGCAUCCACAGCAAUGGCACUAGAAGAUCAAGAAACAAGAUUCAGCAGUGCAGGAGUCUUGAAAACAGUUGUGGUAAUACUAGCAUUGUGUCUGGCUGGUUAUAUAGUGGGUCCACCUCUUUACUGGCAUUCUCUGGAGGCUUUAGCUGCUUCUUCUUCACUUUCUUGCCCUUCUUGCCCACUCUGUGAUUGCUCUGCUUCUCUGCCUCUCAUUACUAUUCCUCAAGAGCUGAGCAACAAUUCUUUUGCAGAUUGUGCAAAGCAUGAUCCAGAAGUUGGCGAAGACACUGAAAAUAAUCUUACAGAACUUCUAUCAGAGGAGUUAAAAUUACGAGAAGCGGAAUUCACCGAAAAUCAGCAGCGUGCUGAUAUGGCUUUGCUUGAGGCUAAGAAGAUCACAUCCCAAUAUCAAAAGGAGGCAGACAAGUGCAAUUCCGGAAUGGAGACAUGCGAAGAAGCCCGAGAAAAGGCUGAAGUGACUUUGUUGGCACAAAAACGACUGACUUCAUUGUGGGAGCUACGAGCUCGCCAGAGAGGCUGGAAAGAAGGUGUUGACAAAUCUCAUGCUCAGUCUUGAUGAGAUGUCCAGUUUCUUUAAAGAGCUAGAGAUCUCUUAUAGAAACUACCUGAAUAUGGUAAUGUUUGUCUAUGUCAAGUUAUCUUUUUGCUCGAAUGGAACUAAAUGAAUUUGGUCGUGUUUGUCCAUGUCAAGCUAUCGUUCUGCUCGGAGGUGGGCAUGCUGACUAUGGCAAUGUACCUGAUUAUAGUAGUGCUGACUGCUGAAUAUGUUAGCCCAGACUAAAUACCUGUAUGGGAUUAUGUUUCUAGACUUCAAAAUUCAUAUAUACGCGUAGAUUUCUAGCCCAGACUAAAUACCUGUAUGGGAUUAUGUUUCUAGACUUCAAAAUUCAUAUAUACACGUAGAUUUCUUACUA